AUGGCUCUUGACGCGCUUCUGGGUUCCGGCCCUCUCCUGCUUCUGGGCAUAGUGAUUUUCAGCUCUGUGACUAGCAGUGAAAAUGCAACAGCUGGCCUGGAAACCAAGAAGCUUUCCUGUGAUCACAUGAAUGGAACAUGUACAGAUUUGAGAUUGAGUGGGCAUUUUUCCGAAUGUCCUGAGAAGUACAAGUACUUCUGUGUCAAGGGAAGAUGCCGCUAUGUUGAUGCAGUACAAACUCCAUCCUGCAUCUGUGAGAGAGGCUACACUGGGGAAAGAUGCGAGCGAUUGGACUUAUUUCAUCUAAGAGGAGAUCAAAAUCAAAUUGUGGUAGUUGCUUUGAUAGCUGUUAUGGUAAUGCUUAUCAUCCUGAUUGCAUGUAUCUGCACUUACACUCAUUAUUGUCGGAAAAAGCGUAGAAAGAGGAAACAGGAGGAAUCCGGGACUUGUGAUAAUGAGCAGCCAAUGAAAACUGAUGAUAUACUUGAGACGGAUAUUGAAUGA